UAUACAUAGCAACUUAUUUAAAAGCAAUAUUAUUUCAAGUUUAAAAAUGAGAAUGCUAAUAAAGAAAGUGGCUUCGGCCUCAAAUCUAUCGUUCAUUCGGUUAAGCGCAAUAAGAUUGAGCUCCAGCGAUGCAAAAGCCAAGUCUCAAGAUAAAGAAAGUCCUAAGCCGGAGCUAGAGGAAGCAGCGGUAAAAAAAAAUAUUGUAGUUGAAAAGUAUGGCGGUGUAAUGACUCUGAAUAUAGACCGUCAGACAACUCGCAACAGUCUGGACGAGCCCACACUGCGGGAGAUGGCUGCGGCGAUAGAUGCGUUUGACAAGGACGCUGAGGCCAAAGUGCUGGUGUUCAAUGGAGAGGGUGGCUCGUUCUGUUCCGGGUUUGAUAUGGACGAGAUGAAUGAGAAGGGGUAUUACACGCUAAAAGAUGCUGCUUCACGGCUCCUGCGGCGCCCUCUAUGUGAUAAACCGACUAUAGCCGCCGUCACUGGAUUUGCUGUGGCUGAAGGUUUUGAAUUAGCGCUGGCGUGCGACCUGCGAGUCAUAGAAGAUACCGCUGUUAUGGGGUUCCUCGGCCGUAGGUUCGGAGUACCUUCAACACUGUACGGCGGCCGAAGACUAACAUCACUCAUUGGUCUGUCACAAGCUUUAGACUUGCUUAUGACUGGCAGACUCAUCUCUGGGACAGAAGCCCAUCAAAAAGGCCUGGCUGCUAAAGUCACGGCUACCGGCACAGCCCUAGGAGAAUCAAUAAAGCUGGCCAAGUCCAUAACGAAGUUCCCUCAAAACGCGCUGAUGAUGGACAAGUUAGCCGCGGUUAACUCCCAGCUGAACCCGAACAGUGAAGAGUCCAUGCGGGACGAGGCGGUCAUGCAGAGUCUACUGGGCGCUGCUCUGGAAGACUUGAAGGAGGGCGUCAAGAAAUUCCAAGAUGGAGUCGGCAAGCACGGGAAGUUCCACAAUCUGACAGAGGUUUCCCUAGAAGAUUGGGAGCUAGAAAACACGGUCGAAGAGACUGUGGUCACGCACGACACAGAUAAGAAGAAAUGAACCUUACGUUACUAGUAUUAAGGUCUGCGUUACAAGGAUGGUUAAACUGGACCAAAGAGAAUUAAGAAGACAUAGAGUGCUCACUCCAUACAUCAGUUUUGUUACCAAAACCAAUGAGGAUAUAAUAAGAUAGAGCGGUACUGUCAUAGUAAAUUUUGUAACCACAGUAAAUUCACUGCCAUCUAUCGACAUACUCUAAACCUAAAAAUGAAGAUUUAUAAAAAUACGUUAAAAUGUAUUUAAAUAUGGAUAAAUGAUUUUUUUAUUUGCAUUAAUAGUUUUUAUAUGAUUUUGACCCAUGUUCU